CGCCCCCCGGGGAGGAUCGGCGGGGAGAGCGCUCCUGGGAUGGGGCACCGGGACAGCGGCCCAGCCCCAGCCCUGGAUUGAUCUCUGUAGACAUGAACGGAAGAGGGAGAGAUAGAAGGACUUAACAAUCUCCUGUUAAUGUUCUCUGUGCCGCUCUUCGAACCCUUCCGACUCUAUCAGACCUAUCAAGGAAAUGUCCAAUCCGGACGGUCUGCUCAUUUCCUCUUCGCCUGGGGUAACUGCCACUGACUCAAGGAAUCCGGUUGCCGAGAUGAGCAAAAUUUCCUCCGAAGAACAGCACUCAGCCGUUGGGAAUGAGAUCUCCCCGAGGCCGACUGAGUGACGGGGAUUUAGUGGCCCCUAAUCAACUCAGCUUCCUUCAGGACAGAAUCGAUAGAGGGGCCGACUAGAUGGAAUGAGUCUUUGAGCUGGCAGGUGCCGAGAACCUGUCAGUCAAAAAGAUCUUCGACCGGAUCUGCCGAUAGGAAGCCAGGGUCUCGAUCCGACACCCGUUAGCGUUCGGCUUGAGGAUAACGUCGAGUUCGGGUGGCUCUGGAGGGACGUGUACCGAUCUGGACCCGAGUGGAGAUUGGAUUUGCCUGAGCCCAGAAUAUUUUGAAAAAAUCCCAUUAAGCUGUAAAGCCCACCACUGCCAGACCCCCUCUCCCUGGGGGGUCUGUGGCCACUGCUGCUGCUGGACCCAGGCAUCCUGCAUGAGCGAGGAGGGGUCAGCCUGCGAUGGAGCCCUGGCCCAGCCUGGCCCUGGUCCUGCUCCUCGGACCUCUGGCCGACGGCUCGAAGGCCGCCCAGUCCAAGGAGUUCACCGUGAAGGACAUCGUCUACCUUCACCCCUCAACCACUCCCUACCCUGGUGGAUUUAAGUGUUUCACCUGCGAGAAGGCAGCCGACAACUACGACUGCAACCGGUGGGCCCCCGAUGUCUACUGCCCCAGAGAGGCCCGUUACUGCUACACCCAGCACACCAUGGCGGCCUCCGGAAACAGCGUCUCGGUCACCAAGCGCUGCGUGGCCCUGGAGGACUGCCUAUCCACCGGAUGUGUAGACUUGGAGGUCGAAGGACACAAGCCCCCGGGCUCUCCCUUGCAGGUCUGCACCGCCUGCUGCCAGGGCAACAUCUGCAACCUGCCGCUGCCUCGCAACGCGUCGGACGCCACCUUCGCCACCACGUCCCCCAUCGGCCGCACCGGGCGGCAGGGGCACGGCCUGGCCCUGAUCGCCUCGUGUCUGUGCGCGUGGCUGGGGCUUUCGUCGUAGCGACGCCGCGUCGCCUGGCGGGGCACCGACCGAGCAGGCGGGGUGAGAGGGAAAAGCCUCGCCGUGGAGUGGACGUUCUGGGGUCGACUCGGCUCGGGCUCCCUGCCUUGAGAUGCCGCGAGCCCGGGGAAGCGGCCCGAUUGUCUCCAGAAGGCCGGAGGCCAACGGUCUCCAGGAGUCCGGAGGCUGACCGUCUUCAGGAGGCCAGAGCCCCUUCCAAGCCAGCCCCCUACCUGGAGCAACCCACGGAAGCGACAGAGUCUCAGACGCUCAGCAACUGGAUCUGUUAUUUAGGAGGAGGUCCCAAAAGCCUGCUGGAUCUUUCUGUUUUUGUUAAAGAUCUCCUCCCUCUGCCCCCCCAAUUUGUCUUUGUGGAGACUCCUGAUUGAGCACUGGGGUUUGCGCCUUCAACCUGGAGCUGGGUGGUUUUUUUCCAAAGGAAAACUGACUUUUUCACUCAAGGAUGAGGCUCAGCUGGGUGCAGAUUCUUCUCUCCCCUUGUGUUUCGGGGUAAGGGAGGCCGGGAAGGGGGACUGUAAUAGAUUUGCCUUGGGUGAUGUGGAUGUAUUCCCCCCACGCUCUCCCCCCAGUUGCAAGAAGUCACUCCUAUUUCCAGCAGGUAGGAAUGCUCCUCUCUGGGUCGUGGGGUUAUUGGAAGGGAGAAUUCCCGCUGAGGAGAACCAGAGGGGAAUUCAGCUUUCCUUAAUGCUCAGCAAGGCGCUUAGCUGCGUCUAUUGGGAAGGGAAGCCCCCCGGCAUUGAGAAGGUCAAUCCCCGGGGGCUUCCUGGGCCCGAGUGAGAGUUUCCCGCAGGGAGGGGAUGCCGGAGCACUUUGCGAGGGUGAGGUGGGAAUCUGAGUCUCCUAGGUGUUAGGUCCGAGCGAGUAUGUGGAUCUGAGUGGUUAUAAGGUCCGGCUUGUCUCCGCUUUUGGCUUUCGCUCUGAUUAUCAUCAUCGGUGGUAUUUACUGGCGCUUAUUAUGUGCAGAGCACUGUAUUAAGUGCUUAAAAGAGUACAUUACAACAGAGUCGGCAGGCACGUUCCCUGCCCACAAGGAGCUUACAGUCUAGAGGGACUCGUCCCUGCUUGUAAAUCGUCCCUGCGAUAUUGAUUUCCGUAGACCGCCGCUGGAGACUCUCACGCUGUGCGAGGAGACUCUCACGCUGUGCGAGACGGUCCACCGUUCAGACCGGCGCACCCAGAUUGAACCGCUUCUUUGGAAGAAGUCGUUUCGGCCGGUUCACCUGGCUCUGUUCUAAAUGAUCAGCAGUGCGACGCUUUGCCGUACGAAAGAGUUCCGUAGGUGGUGCGGAUCGGGCAGGGUUUGAUCCCGGACAGGCUUUCUGGGCGAUUUUGCCCGCAGCAAUCCCGGGAUAAAUUCCCUGCCUUGAUCCCGUGCGGGUUGGGGGCUUCAGGUGUUGGGACUGGACUAGAGGGGAUGAGAAACAUCUUGACCCUGGGUUAGAAGGGACCUGUGAGAGCUCGUGUAAAACUGCCUGGCCACACCAGCGUCCCCGGCUUAGCCCCGGCCCUGGGAUUACAGGGGCUCCUCGAGGGAAACGAUUUCCAGAGAAAGCAAUGGACUCUUCUCCCCCUGGGAAAACUGGGUGAGCAUCUGGGACUUCGGUGCCGAGGAGGCUGGGUGACAAAAUGUUUCAGCGCCUAAUGACGAUAAUAAUGGCAUUCGUUAAGCGCUUAUUAGGCGUCGAGCACGGUUCUAAGCGCCGGGGUACGUACAA